AGAGAAGAGUAAAAACAAUGCUAAUGCACGACGGAAAGGAAAUCUCUAGAUUCCCUAGAGAAGGUAACGAACGAUCCGAAGGUAGCCGAGGUGGCACACCUGUAAGGGUAAAUCCAACGAGAGCGCCAAGUCGCGCUAAGCGAUAUUGCGAUUGGUCGAACUCUGCGAGUUUCUUGAUCUCGAAACUCGUGCCGUUGCCCGCUCGUCGGCAUGCCUGCCGCAAAGGAGGCGAACCGUCACACAAAAGCAAGAUGGAGGAUCUCACAGUCGAAGUAUGCGGCGAAAACGGAGCAUAUUAUAAGGCCUUUGUCACUGAUGUCUUUGACGACGAGGUUCUGGUAACUUUCGAAAAUGACUGGCAACCUGAGUCAAAAUUUCCAUUUGCUCAAGUACGACUACCACCAAAGGAUGGUGUCAAAGCAGAAUUUCAAGAGAACCAAGAGAUUGAGGUAUUUUCUCGAUCUAAUGAGCAAGAAGCUUGGGGAUGGUGGAAAGCGAUCAUUAAGAUGAUCAAAGGAGGUUUUCUAGUAGUAGAAUAUUUGGGGUGGGAUUAUACUUAUACAGAAAUAAUAAGUAACGAGCGGCUUAGAGUAAAAAAUGUCAAUCCCCCUAUUGACAAAAAUACGUUUCACAAGAUCGAAAUUGAAGUACCUGAAGAUCUGAGAGAGUAUGCUAAGAUGGAUAAUGCACAUAAGGAAUUUCAAAAAGCAAUCGGGGCAGCAGUGUGCCGAUAUGUGCCUGAACGAGGAGUACUGCUGGCCAUCUCCCGUCAUGAAAAUAUACAUCGUCACAGUACUAUGCUCCAAGAAAUGCAUUUUCGUAAUUUAUCACAGAAGGUUUUGCUGUUAAAAAGAACAGAAGAAGCAGCACGCCAACUUGAAUCUACUAAACUUCAGACGAUCGGGGGCAAGUUUAGAUCUUCGAACUUUAUAUAUCAGCGUGUCUCAGACUUUGAGGCAGGAGUGAGAACAAAUUCAAGAUACACAGAUGAAUUUAAUGUUCGAGAAGACCUCAUGGGACUAGCUAUUGGUGCUCAUGGAGCGAAUAUACAACAAGCAAGAAAAGUAGAUGGAAUAACAAAUAUAGAACUGGAAGAAAAUUCUUGCACAUUUAAAAUAUAUGGAGAGACACAUGAAGCUGUCAAAAAAGCUCGCUCAAUGUUGGAAUAUAGCGAAGAGUCCAUUCAAGUACCACGCGUUUUGGUAGGAAAAGUAAUUGGGAAAAAUGGUCGCAUUAUUCAAGAAAUUGUGGACAAGAGCGGUGUAAUAACAACUGGCUCGAGUGGGAAUACUCACACUGAUAGAGUACGAGUGAAAAUAGAAGGAGACAACGAACCGCAACCGACGAUCCCGCGAGAAGAAGGCCAAGUACCCUUUGUCUUUGUCGGUACUGUUGAAAGUAUUGCAAAUGCCAAACUUUUGUUGGAGUAUCAUUUGGCACAUUUAAAGGAGGUUGAACAGCUCAGGCAAGAGAAAUUAGAAAUUGAUCAACAAUUAAGAAGCAUGCAUGGAUCAACGACAGGACCAAUGCCUAGCUUUCCACCGACAAGGCGAGGAAUGGUCACCGGGCCCGAAGAGGGUGGUGGUGGUCGUGGUGGACGAGGCGGUCAGUCUAGAGGACGGGGAAGGGGUAGGGCCCCUGCCAGACAUAAUGCCGGAUUACGUCGUGAUACUUUAGAUGGUAACGAAGAUCGUGUUCGAGACCUUCCACCAAGAGGUGGCCAUCAAGGUGGUGCAGGAAAUUCAGGGUAUAUGGGGGCUAGACAAGGUCGUCCACCGGUUCAACGUAGAGAUCGUAGAGACGAACGUCGUCGAACGACGGACGACGAAGACACUGUUCUUGAUAGUCAAGACGUUUCGAGCAUUGAUAGAGAGUCGGUGUCGAGCGUGGAGGGAGGUGCUAAAGUGAUCAGACGAAGACGGGCUCGACGAUCUCGACAGAGAAGUUACACGCCGACUAAUAGCGAGAAAGGCAGUAAUGCCGGACCGGGCGAUCAAUCAACAAUAACUAAUAAAGAAGGAACGCCUGCAAAUGACGUAUCUGUAUCGAACAACAGUUCUCAAGGUUCAAAGGGUCAGCGAGAACCACGAAAUCGUCCUCCUCGAAUGCAGCAGAGCAACAAGCCUAAGGAAGCUCUGGUGAAUGGUACCAGUGGCUAAAAAACCGUAAUGGUUCACCAUAACAGCUGCUACUUACGUAUAACACUACACCUGAUGAUGAGCUAUUAACACCCAGCACGUAACAUGACGUAUACCUACGCAAGGACUUCACGAUUAUGGAUCGCGACAUGAUUAGUCUAUGCUCGUUGUUAAGACUGUUUGCUACCGAUAAGAAUAUGACAGUUGUUUAAGAAAACGUCAUUCUCCUUAAACACAUUUAAGGACACAUAUUAAUAUCCAUGCAUGGUUUAGUUUAAUGAUAGUAAUUAUGCUAUCAUGUUUGAUAUACGGAUACAUUCAUUGGGAGGUAGUAGCAGCACAAUUUGGUCAAAAGGGUUCCCUGAUUGUGAAACUGUGCCUCAUUUUUAUACCGAGCUCCUAACUUACGUGACAGUGCUUUGGAUGUACUUUGUAAAGUACCCCCUUAGUCACUCGUUAAUGUUUAACGAUCCAAUAAUAGGCUGGAUAUUCGCGGCUCGUACGUCAAUUACCAAUUCGAUUGAAUUUCAUCUGGAUAUGCCGUUAAGCUUUUACGAAUGCAUCACAAAUAAUUAAAGUUGUUUUCUUAUCUUUGAUUAUAGUUUAUAUUUCUAUUAUAUCAUCAUCGUCGUCAUAAAUCGUUAAUUGUAAAGCAUUUAAAUUGAUAAGAUAAACGAUUAAAAAUACAUUUGGAUUAUUAAUUAUUUGGUUGCAUUCUUAAAUGAUAUCGAUUAAACAAGGAGAGAAAAAUUCUUUUUGCUGGAUAAUGUUUUACAGUUUAAGAGGACAAAUAAAAUAAAUAAUACGAAACGAAUAUUGAUGAUUUUGUUGUGUCGUUUGAAUAUGUUAUAUUUUUAUACGUAAAGACUAAUACAGAUACGAUCAAAAUGAAUGGAAUGAUUCCUGACAACGUAAUAUUUAAACUAUUCGUUAUAGUGUUCAUUUUAAAGUUACGCGUCUUCAUGGUAGUUGAUUGUAACGAGUUUAUAUUAUUUUAUAUUAGCAGAAUUAAAUUCGUGUGAAUAAUUUAAAUAUUACAUGUUAUUUCCUUAUUGUCGAAAAAGUAUAAAAAAGGAAGUAUACCAAUUCAACGGAAACUAAUGAAUAAUAAGUAAAAGUGUAAGAAUUGUUAAUCAUAGUAAUUAGGAAAUAUUUUCAUAUUAUAUACAGUCUGCUGAGAAUAUUCUUCUGAACUGUAAAACUGCCAUGAAAAAAAUCUUUUUUGUCCUUUACCUACUUGAGUAGGUAAAAAAUGACUUAUUGAUUUUAAUGGGUAGAACCUGUAAUGACAUUUCACGAUGAAUUUGUAUAAUCGCAUUGCUUAGCGUCAUAACUGGGAUGAAAUUUAAUGAGAUACUAGGAAAGUGAAUUCCAUUGUUAAAUUUACGAUGGUGGGCGGCAGCUGUAAGAAAUCCUGGUUCAAAGGUGUUCCCAAUGAUGUUCCUUCUAUUUACUUCACAAGAUUUGAGUUUUUUUUUUUUUUUUGGUUUACGGUUAUUAGUAGAGUUGUUAACGACACUAGAUUUUUAUGUUUCAAUACUGAGUGUUGAUUAAUAAUAUCACAAUGAAUGCUAAAAUGACUUCUUUGAUUAUGGGAAAACACAAACAGGUGUGCACAAGGAAUUAGACUUUAUUUCUGAGUACACUUCUUACGUGAUUUAGCUUUUUUUUUACUACAGUAUAAGCAUACUAUAUCAAGUAUUAGAAUUUGAUACGAAGUUCAUUUCUGCAUUGUUUCGCAUGAUUUAAAAAGAAAGUAAACGUAUACUUAGUAAUACCAAUGUAUGAUGUGCCAGAGAAGGAAUGAUACAUGUUUUAUGAUAUCUAGCUGAAGUGCAGACUUAGCGCAUACCUUUAUUACUAUAAUACUACUUAGUCGAAAUGUGGAUGUCUGAAAAAAUAAACUAGCUUUACUAUACUAAGCUAUAAAAUAGAUAUGAUUAACUGUUUUAAAUUGAUUAUCAGUGAUAUUCAAGAUUCAGUUAUCAAUUUAAAACAGCUAUCUCUUCUUCCGGAUAUGACAACAACUAAUCGGACGUGUCUCAUGGAUUUUGCAAAAACGCAUGGCGGUUGAUGCAACACAUUGACACCUAACAAAACAGCUGCCAUAUAAUCUGAAUAUUUUUAUGGCAGCCAAAAACUGAGAUAUCCCCCAACUUGCUUGUUUCAGAUACAUUUGUAUUGAUUGCAAUUUGUGCAUAAUUUAAGAAUAAAACAUUUCUGUACAUAGA